CACAAAUUAUAUUUGCACAUUUAAUAUUGCAUAUAUUUAAAGUGAGGCUGUAUUCACCAAAAACGAGUUUCAUCGCGUCAAGAUCAAGAAGGCGGCAGCUGAACAAGAACGCAAAGGCGAAUCAACUGAACAAGUCUUCGUCUCUCUCUCUCUUGGCAGAUAGUCAAAAGAUCGGAUUUUUUCUUCGAUGGCUUCAAAACGGAUCUUGAAGGAGCUCAAGGAUUUGCAGAAGGAUCCUCCCACUUCUUGCAGCGCAGGACCUGUUGGUGAAGACAUGUUUCAUUGGCAGGCAACGAUAAUGGGUCCGCAGGAUAGUCCAUACGCAGGAGGAGUGUUUUUAGUGACGAUUCAUUUCCCCCCGGAUUACCCUUUCAAGCCUCCAAAGGUUGCAUUCAGGACAAAAGUUUUUCAUCCAAACAUCAACAGCAACGGUAGCAUAUGCCUCGACAUUUUGAAGGAGCAGUGGAGCCCCGCCUUGACAAUAUCCAAGGUGUUGCUCUCUAUCUGUUCGCUCCUAACGGAUCCGAACCCUGAUGACCCAUUGGUGCCUGAGAUCGCUCAUAUGUACAAGACGGAUAGGGCCAAGUACGAGCAAACUGCUCGGAGCUGGACUCAGAAGUAUGCCAUGGGUUAAUCCAAUCCCCUCAUGAAUUAGAUUUGCAUUUAUGUAAAAAAUGAUGUGUUGUUUAUCUGUUCCUGCAACGGACUCACUCAUGUGUAAGACCUCUUGAAACUCUGCAAAUGAUGCGUUUGAACUGUUGAUAUGGAAUUUCUGUUGGCUUUGCUUUA